UUGUUACUCUGUUACCUUGUUACCUUGUUACUCUGUUACCUUGUUACUCUGUUACCUUGUUACCUUGUUACCUUGUUACCUUGUUACCUUGUUACUCUGUUACCUUGUUACUCUGUUACCUUGUUACCUUGUUACCUUGUUACCUUGUUACCUUGUUACUCUGUUACCUUGUUACCUUGUUACUCUGUUACCUUGUUACCUUGUUACUCUGUUACCUUGUUACCUUGUUACUCUGUUACCUUGUUACCUUGUUACCUUGUUACCUUGUUACCUUGUUACCUUGUUACCUUGUUACCUUGUUACCUUGUUACCUUGUUACCUUGUUACCUUGUUACCUGUUACCUUGUUACUCUGUUACCUUGUUACUCUGUUACCUUGUUACUUUGUUACUUUGUUACCUUGUUACCUUGUUACUCUGUUACCUUGUUACUCUGUUACCUUGUUACUCUGUUACCUUGUUACUUUGUUACCUUGUUACCUUGUUACUCUGUUACCUUGUUACUCUGUUACCUUGUUACUCUGUUACCUUGUUACCUUGUUACCUUGUUACCUUGUUACUCUGUUACCUUGUUACCUUGUUACCUUGUUACUCUGUUACCUUGUUACCUUGUUACUCUGUUAUCUUGUUACCUUGUUACCUUGUUACUCUGUUACCUUGUUACUCUGUUACCUUGUUACUCUGUUACCUUGUUACCUUGUUACUCUGUUACCUUGUUACCUUGUUACCUUGUUACUCUGUUACCUUGUUACCUUGUUACCUUGUUACUCUGUUACCUUGUUACCUUGUUACUCUGUUACCUUGUUACUCUGUUACCUUGUUACCUUGUUACUCUGUUACCUUGUUACCUUGUUACUCUGUUACCUUGUUACCUUGUUACUCUGUUACCUUGUUACUCUGUUACCUUGUUACCUUGUUACCUUGUUACUCUGUUACCUUGUUACUCUGUUACCUUGUUACCUUGUUACUCUGUUACCUUGUUACCUUGUUACCUUGUUACCUUGUUACCUUGUUACUCUGUUACCUUGUUACCUUGUUACCUUGUUACUCUGUUACCUUGUUACCUUGUUACCUUGUUACUCUGUUACCUUGUUACCUUGUUACUUUGUUACCUUGUUACCUUGUUACUCUGUUACCUUGUUACCUUGUUACUCUGUUACCUUGUUACCUUGUUACUCUGUUACCUUGUUACCUUGUUACGCUGUUACCUUGUUACUUUGUUACCUUGUUACCUUGUUACUCUGUUACCUUGUUACCUUGUUACUCUGUUACCUUGUUACCUUGUUACUCUGUUACCUUGUUACCUUGUUACUCUGUUACCUUGUUACCUUGUUACCUUGUUACCUUGUUACUCUGUUACCUUGUUACCUUGUUACUCUGUUACCUUGUUACCUUGUUACUCUGUUACCUUGUUACCUUGUUACUUGUUACCUUGUUACUCUGUUACCUUGUUACCUUGUUACUCUGUUACCUUGUUACCUUGUUACUUUGUUACCCUGUUACCUUGUUACCUUGUUACCUUGUUACCUUGUUACUCUGUUACCUUGUUACCCUGUUACCUUGUUACUCUGUUACCUUGUUACCUUGUUACCUUGUUACCCUGUUACCUUGUUACUCUUGUUACCUUGUUACCUUGUUACCUUGUUACCUUGUUACCUUGUUACUCUGUUACCUUGUUACCUUGUUACUCUGUUACUGUGUUUCCUUGUUACUCUGUUACCUUGUUACCAUGUUACUCUGUUACCUUGUUACCUUGCUACUCUGUUUCCUUGUUAACCUGUUACCUCGUUACUCUGUUACCUCGUCACUUUGUUACUCUGUUACUCUGUUACCUUGUUACUCUGUUACCUUGUUACCUUGUUACUCUGUUACCUUGUUACCUUGUGACUCUUUUACCUUGUUACCCUGUUACCUUGUUAGCCUGUUACCUUGUUACCCUGUUACCUUGUUACUCUGUUACCCUGUUACCUUGUUACUCUGUUACCUUGUUACCCUGUUACUCUGUUACCUUGUUACCUUGUUACUCUGUUACCUUGUUACCUUGUUACUCUGUUACCUUGUUACCUUGUUACUCUGUUACCUUGUUACCUUGUUACCUUGUUACCUUGUUACCUUGUUACCUUGUUACUCUGUUACCUUGUUACCUUGUUACUCUGUUACCUUGUUACCUUGUUACCUUGUUACCUUGUUACCUUGUUACCUUGUUACUCUGUUACCUUGUUACCUUGUUACUCUGUUACUUUGUUACCUUGUUACCUUGUUACUUUGUUACUCUGUUACCUUGUUACCUUGUUACUCUGUUACCUUGUUACCUUGUUACUCUGUUACCUUGUUACUCUGUUACCUUGUUACCUUGUUACUCUGUUACCUUGUUACCUUGUUACUCUGUUACCUUGUUACCUUGUUACUCUGUUACCUUGUUACCUUGUUACCUUGUUACUCUGUUACCUUGUUACCUUGUUACUCUGUUACUUUGUUACUUUGUUACCUUGUUACCUUGUUACUCUGUUACCUUGUUACUUUGUUACCUUGUUACCUUGUUACUCUGUUACCUUGUUACUCUGUUACCUUGUUACCUUGUUACUCUGUUACCUUGUUACCUUGUUACUCUGUUACCUUGUUACCUUGUUACUCUGUUACCUUGUUACCUUGUUACUCUGUUACCUUGUUACCUUGUUACUCUGUUACCUUGUUACCUUGUUACUCUGUUACCUUGUUACUCUGUUACCUUGUUACUCUGUUACCUUGUUACCUUGUUACUCUGUUACCUUGUUACCUUGUUACUCUGUUACCUUGUUACCUUGUUACCUUGUUACCUUGUUACUCUGUUACCUUGUUACCUUGUUACCUUGUUACCUUGUUACUCUGUUACUUUGUUACUCUGUUACCUUGUUACCUUGUUACCUUGUUACUCUGUUACCUUGUUACCUUGUUACUCUGUUACCUUGUUACCUUGUUACUCUGUUUCUUGUACCCUGUUACCUUGUUACUCUGUUACCUUGUUACCCUGUUACCUUGUUACUCUGUUACCUUGUUACCUUGUUACUCUGUUACCUUGUUACCUUGUUACUCUGUUACCUUGUUACCUUGUUACUCUGUUACCUUGUUACUCUGUUUCCUUGUUACCCUGUUACCUUGUUACUCUGUUACCCUGUUACCUUGUUACUCUGUUACCUUGUUACCUUGUUACCUUGUUACCUUGUUACCUUGUUACUCUGUUACCUUGUUACCUUGUUACUCUGUUACCUUGUUACCUUGUUACUCUGUUACCUUGUUACCUUGUUACUCUGUUACCUUGUUACUCUGUUACCUUGUUACCUUGUUACCUUGUUACCUUGUUACCUUGUUACUCUGUUACCUUGUUACUUUGUUACCUUGUUACCUUGUUACUUUGUUACCUUGUUACCUUGUUACUCUGUUACCUUGUUACUCUGUUACCUUGUUACUCUGUUACCUUGUUACCUUGUUACUCUGUUACCUUGUUACCUUGUUACUCUGUUACCUUGUUACUCUGUUACCUUGUUACCUUGUUACUCUGUUACCUUGUUACUCUGUUACCUUGUUACCUUGUUACCUUGUUACUCUGUUACCUUGUUACCUUGUUACUCUGUUACCUUGUUACUCUGUUACCUUGUUACCUUGUUACCUUGUUACCUUGUUACUCUGUUACCUUGUUACCUUGUUACCUUGUUACCUUGUUACCUUGUUACCUUGUUACUCUGUUACCUUGUUACCUUGUUACCUUGUUACUCUGUUACCUUGUUACCUUGUUACCUUGUUACCUUGUUACCUUGUUACCUUGUUACUCUGUUACCUUGUUACCUUGUUACUCUGUUACCUUGUUACCUUGUUACCUUGUUACUUUGUUACUUUGUUACCUUGUUACCUUGUUACCUUGUUACUUUGUUACCUUGUUACCUUGUUACCUUGUUACCUUGUUACCUUGUUACCUUGUUACCUUGUUACCUUGUUACCUUGUUACUCUGUUACCUUGUUACUCUGUUACCUUGUUACCUUGUUACCUUGUUACCUUGUUA